CAGCAGCCUAACCAAUGAGUUUCAGUGGAGGAAAAAAAAAAAGAUAAUCAAGCAGUGUGUUAAUAUGGGAGAGGAUUUAACAAGUGUUUGAGAGUAAGGAACAACGAAAGUCAAAAGAGCCUGUCUCCAGGGAGCGUGUCUUGUCUUUACUGAGCUACCCACCACUAUAUUUACCCGUCCCCUCGGAGCCACAACCAACAUCCUCACACCACUCACACCGCUCCACUGGUUCGCAGUUCCUUUUGCCCUGAGCCAAGAUGAAUGACGUUCAGGAGGCCACCUCCCCUGCCACCAGCCUCAGCGGCCCGGCUACCUGCGUCUCCAAAGUGGAGCUGCGGGUGUCUUGCAAAGCUCUGCUGGACCGAGACACGCUGAACAAGUCAGACCCCUGUGUCAUACUCAUGGUACAGACCAACGGGCAGUGGACAGAGCUCGACAGGACAGAAGUGAUCAAGAGCAACUUGCACCCGGUCUUUGCCAAGGUUUUCUCAUUGGACUACUACUUUGAGGAGGUCCAGAAGCUGCGAUUUGAAGUCUAUGACAUCCACGGCACCCACAGCAUCGGGACCCGUGAUGACGACUUUCUGGGUGGGGUGGAGUGCACCCUGGGCCAGAUUGUGGCCCAAAAGAAGAUGAUGAAGCCUUUGCUGCUGAAGUAUGGAAAAUAUGCGGGCAAAUCCACCAUCACGGUCCAUGCCGAGGAAAUCUCUGGCAACAACGGAUAUUUGGAGCUCUCCUUCUGUGCCAAGAAGCUCGAUGAUAAGGAUCUCUUCAGUAAGUCGGACCCUUUUUUGGAAAUUUACCGAAUCAAUGACGAUGAAACUGAACAGCUUGUGCACAGAACUGAGGUGAUUAAAAACAACCUCAAUCCUGUGUGGGAGCCUUUCAAAGUGUCGCUCAUAUCCCUGUGCAGCUGUGAUGAGGACCGCAAGCUCAAGUGCCUAGUGUGGGAUUACGACUCCAGGGGGAAGCAUGACUUCAUCGGCGAGUUCUAUGCCACGUUCAGGGAAAUGCAGAAAAUCUCCAGUGGGAAUAAGGUGACGUGGGAUUGUGUGAAUCCAAAGUACAAACAGAAGAAGAGAAACUAUAAAAAUUCAGGAGUUGUCAUCCUCAGUGACCUGAAGCUCCACAGAGUUUACUCCUUUUUGGAUUACAUCAUGGGAGGAUGCCAGAUCCACUUUACGGUUGCUAUUGACUUCACGGCAUCCAAUGGAGACCCCAGGAACAGCUGCUCUUUGCACUACAUCAACCCUUACCAGCCCAACGAGUACCUGAAGGCUCUGAUAGCAGUAGGAGAGAUCUGUCAGGACUAUGAUAGUGACAAAAGAUUUUCCGCUUUGGGAUUUGGUGCCAGAAUCCCUCCAAAUUAUGAAGUGUCUCAUGACUUUGCCAUUAAUUUCAACCCAGAAGAUGAUGAAUGUGAAGAGAUCCAAGGAGUGGUUGAGGCAUACCAGAACUGCCUCCCUAAGAUCCAGCUGUACGGCCCAACAAAUGUUUCUCCCAUCAUUACCAGGAUAGCUAAGCUGUCAGCAGGUGACGGUAACAUUAAAGAUGCGUCUCGGUACCACAUCCUGCUCAUCCUGACCGAUGGUGUUGUGACAGACAUGGCAGACACGCGUGAAGCCAUUGUUCGAGCCUCCUACCAGCCUCUUUCCAUAAUAAUUGUUGGUGUGGGCAAUGCAGACUUCACAGACAUGCAGAUUUUGGAUGGAGAUGAUGGAGUCCUACGUUCACCGAAGGGCGAACCAGUCCUCAGGGACAUUGUGCAGUUUGUGCCCUUCAGAGACUUCAAAACGGCUUCACCUGCAGCCUUGGCCAAAUGUGUUCUUGCCGAGGUGCCAAAGCAAGUAGUGGAGUACUACAGCCAUAAGGCCAUCUCCCCUAUGUGUCCUCAGAGGGAUUUACAUACCCCCAUCCUCACCCCACUCGCCACCACCCCGACAGAAUAACCACCCAUCCUGUUCCUGGGACCAAGCUUUGACCGCAGCACCAGUCUGGAUAACUGAGAUGGAGAAAGGACGCAUGCUUUGCGAUAAUGGACAUGGAACAGAAAGAAUACCUUACAUGUGGGUUGUUACUCAUUUAUUUCAUUUUUCACUGCUGACAAAGUGUUUACGUGCAGACAGUGGGAAAAGGGACUGUGUGUUUUUUUUCCUGCUCAGUUUUGAUCCAGCGCUUUUAUUUAGCUGUGAAAAACGAGCAACCAGGUGUUUCAGCAUCAUGUGACUUAAAGGAUUUCCCCCCUAACUCCCCCCCCCCCUAAAAUUGUAUGCAUGCAGGCCAUCCCUUCAUACUGAUCUAUUGAUUGGGUGCUGGAUUAUUAUUCCUAACAGACCAUGAAUUUAAGCACCUCAAAUUGUCUAUUAUAUUACUCUUUACCUUAUGUCAAAUGUUUGGAAAAUGUUUAACAUGUACAAAGGGAAUGCUAUGUUAAAAUUAGAUUUCUCAACUUGACCCUACUAACAAGAUCUAAUCCAGAUGUUACAGAUGAUUCACAGAAAGUUGGAAGAAAACAUGCUGCUAUAGGCCUGGUGUUACAUUUAACCUUUCCUUUUGUGCUAUAAUGUAAUUCUGUAUAGCUGCAGGAGUGGCCACAUCUUGGACUACAGAAGAUAUAUUUUCAGACAGAAACAAAUCACAAUUCCUAAAACAAGUAUUUGUAGUUAAAUACAAAUGAGCUAUUUAUUAAGUUUCGCAAAAUGCUCUGUUCCACAGUGCACCAGCCAUCCCCAUCACACCGAAAAGCCUGUUUGUCACUGCAUUUCCUACAAAUGACACCAACCCCUACCCAACAUGUAUGAAGCAAAUGACAAAUCCUUGUUUUGAUCUCAUCCAAUCCAGUCCUGUUUACCGUUCACAUUUGGGAAACUGCAGGAGCCAUAACUACAUUUGCUAUAGUUAUUUUCAGUUAUGACACAGAACUAACAAGACAGCCGAAUACAGCCAGGUCACCAGCUAGCAGGUUGAAGUAGUUCCACCUUUUCAGAGGUAAGCGUUUCAUAAAAGUUAGAAAAAAAAAAAUGUCUCCAACAGUUCUGAAUGAUCGUACCCUCAUUUUCUGUCUUUUUUAAGAUGAUUGCGGUACAAGCUGUGAUAUCAUGCUGCGUGUCAGGUGAACCUUUUCCCUUUGAAUUUUUUUGUUAUCGUUGUCAUCUCUUAGCCAGCUGUCAGACAGGUAGCAACCUUACGCUGUAUGUCUCAUUAUUUUUUCUCCUCUGCUGCUAUAUUUUUUUGUUGAAGGAACACAAUUCUUCUUGAUCUUUCAUGAAGAAUUUAAGUAGUGACGAACCAGCCGUGUGGCGAGCACAUGGUUCAGAACAAACUAAAGCACAAAGCACAGCUGUUCAUAAAACCAGUGCUCUAACUCUGUAGUAUCCGCACAUUUUACAUCACAGAAUUACAAUUCUAAACACAUUGCAAUUAUUACUAAAUGUGCUUGGUUACUCUUAAAUAAUUUAUAUACCAUUAAAUCAGUACAAUAAUAAUUUUGAUCUGUGAACUAAUUCCUUACAUUUUAAGUGACUCCUGUCUGAACAAUAACUGAUCACAUGAAAAUCUUUAUUUGAUCCUUCUGCCCUUUUAUUGAGCUCAACAAUGUCCAGAAUGGUUAAGCUUUCACUAUCACAUACCUUUGUUGGGAAAUUCACAGAUUGUGGUCUCAUUAUGUGAAGUUGACCAUGAAGCAUUUAACACAAGUUGACGUUUGAGAUGUGAUUUUUAAAUGAAUACACCAACAACAAGGGGCCAGAGUCAUGUAUAAUUAAUCACAUUUUCAAAGAUUUAGAGCAGUGAAAGAUUUGAAUAAAGUAAAAAUGUUAACACUUCCCAUUGGCAUUUAAACAUUUUCAUACAUUAAAUACAAACCACCGGCCAACAUAACAAAAUGUUUCCUAGAUCACUCAUUAAUAUUUUGAAUAUGAACAUAAUGCACAACCUAUACAUGUGCUGGCAUUUAUAGUUUUUGAAUUUCCUAUAAAUCCCACACAGUCCAACUAAAAGGUGAAAACAUUCUUUAUUAUUGGUUUGCUUUGCUAAUCAAUCAAAGUAAAUUAAGAAUGGUAAGAAUGAAGCCCAGCAAAUGUUGCCCACGCCAGCAGUGUUAAAGAAAGACACCUGUUUUAGAACCUUACUGUUUACUAAAUUUCAACCCCGAUAUCAGCGCUUAUAUUUUUUGGUUUGGCCUGAUUGCUCAUUAUUUACAGGCUGUUUCAAUAAUGACUCUUGACCAUUUUAUCUGCUAAGUGUCUUUGCAUAUAUUUUCCAUGGAGUAUUUUCUAUCUGACAGACACGGUAAUGGUGACACAUUCACUUGGCUAAACACCAAGUUGCCUCUGCCAUUAAACACACAGGAAGAAAAUGUAGUCUUUACAGCUCCUGUAACAUACAUAUAUCCACCCCCAAGCAGCAAUUAUUAAUCCCAGUUUGAUUUGUCCCCGAGAGCUUUAGCAGCUCUCCCAAGAUACAGACUAUUGACUCCUCAAUGAAUGCACCUUAACACAGCAAGCUCCGCUGUUGGCUGCUCCCUGAACCUCUUUGAAGAGCACAAGUAUUGAGGAUCCUUCAGUCGCUGUAGAUCACAGGAUGAGGCAUAUUGAUUCAGCCGGCCUGGAUUUGCAGCCAUACUCGUUUCAAGUGUUUCUCAUGUAAAUAAUUCUGGAGGGACUUUUGUCUCACAAUUGAAGCGGAGGUCCAUGUGACUAGUUUACGUCAGGGUGUACUGGAAUAAAGCACAUUUGAUAGUUGUUUUAAUGAUUAACUUAAGGCUCAAUAACGUUUUUUUCUUCUUACAUUUUUUCCCCCGAAACAGUGCAGCAUGAUUUUUUACGAAAGGUAGAGGACGUUUUACAGCUCAGAAGUGUGGCCAGACAUUUCUCAAAUGAUAAUUACUAUCAUAAAAAAGCAAAGGAUCUUUGAAAACUGAUCUGUGAAAUAAGCGUUGUGCUUUCCUUUUUGCUUCAGUUGCUUCUUGCUCUACAUAUAAUAAAUAAACAGGAGGCAUAGACCAAUCAACUAUUUUUUCCUUGAGGGCAAACCAGCUUAUACAACAAUAUCUUAAAGGUAUCAACACUGCUGUGAUAAGUGCUUAAUAUAGCAAUUUACUCUUUGUCCCCUAUUACCUGCAUCACUUUAUUGCUACUUGGCCUCAGGUUAUGAGCGUCUGAAGCCCAAAUGGUUCAUUAGCCCACUCUCUGUACAUUUAAAUAAUGAGAUGUGAUACAAUUAGACAGUAUGAAAUGUAUUUUUUUUCUGUCCUUAUUCUCAUUUAAACGGAAGUGAUAAACGUGUUCUUAGUUCAAACAUCAAUACACUGAGGCUAUAAAUGUUUGAUGCCCUUUUGGGGUUACCUGAAUUACAAAAUGUAUUAGAAGUCUUACGGUAAUACAUGUUCAACUGUGAUGCAUGGGUUUUUAAAGCCUCACCAGACUUGCCUCUAGCAAAUAACUUGUCUUUUGAAAACCAUCUCAUAUUCUUUCUCUUUUUUUUUUUUUAUGAAGUGACAUGUUUCAUUACAGCCAAUCAUGUGUGAAAUGUUUAAGUAUUCAGAGAAUGUCAUCGUGUGCUUGUGUGCAAGAGCAGGCUGAACCCAAGAGCACAGCCAUUAGGCCAUUUGUCAUCACUUUAAACAGCUUUCAAAAAAGUACACUCAUGUCCUAAAUGAAUAUGGUUCAUUCUGUAACAGUUGUGCAAACCAAAAUUAGCUGAAAAAUGGAGACAAUUAGACCAGAGAUCAUGUGGCCAUAUAAAGAAAGGUGUGAAGAAUUCUCUAUGCUGUUUAAAUCAUAUUAUCUAUUGUUGCAUUAUUGACUUACCACACUGAUUUAUUUAACAUUUCCCUCACACACUGUCUCUCUUUUACUCCCAUCCACUUUUAAUCAGAACAAAGUUUACAGCCCGUAACCUUAAUAUGCAACUGGUGUAACUUCAGGCCAUGGGGGUAAGAAGCAACCAAUGCAUUAUUAGUAUAUAGUUUAUUUCUUCGAAAGGAAGAAAGGGAUUCAUUGCAUGCUUACUUUUAUUGCUAAGCUGUGCUGUGCAGUUAUUCCUUUGGGUCUUAUGAAAUGCUAAUAUGCAAGCCUGCAUUUGCACAAACCUAUGUUCUUGUAGUUGAUGCUUUCUGUCUUGCAGUGAGGCAAAUAAAUCUCAUCAUUUAACUGAAA